CAUUCACAUGCCCACCCCCCGAACACUCCGGGGAAGCUUUACGUUCCUGAUUUUUUAAAUCCCCAGACUCUUUCUAUUUAAAUCUUCUCUCUCACUCUCUCCCUCUUUCCUGAGACACACGACUAUUCCAACUAUCCACUACCUUUCACUCGCCCACUACUAUAUACAUCCUUUCACAAUCGUGGUAUCACAACUGUAACCAUGUCUCUCAAGAACGACGCUUUCCCUUCCUCCGCUGCUUUCGACGCGAUCAACGCCGCUCUCCAGAGCGACGCUGCUGAGCGCAAGGACGCUGUCGACAAGGCCAAGGCCAUCGUCGCUUUCAACCUGAAGAACGAGAAGGGCCAGGAAGAGAGCUGGUACCUCGACCUCAAGGAGAAGGGCGAGGUAGGCAAGGGUGCUCCUCAGGGGGGUAAAAAGGCUGAUGUGACUCUGUCCCUCUCCGACUCUGAUUUCGCUUCCCUGGUCAGCGGCAAAGCCAACGCCCAGAGACUCUUCAUGGGAGGCAAGCUAAAGAUCAAGGGUAACAUCAUGAAGGCGACCAAGAUGGAGCCCGUCCUGAAGAAGGCCCAGGGCAAGGCCAAGCUAUAGAUACCCAGUUGCGUUGUGUCGUAUUUCAGUUGAAUGUACAUUUUUGUUCAUCUUAUGAUUAUUUUUCUUCUGUUUUCGUUUUCUUUUAAUAUUUUCUCUUUUUGGUUUGUGUAGGGCAAGAAGCCAC